AUGGCAUGCCCCACAGUGAAGCUCAGCAACGGCGUAGAGAUCCCAAUCAUUGGGCUCGGAACGUGGCAGUCCAAGCCAAACGAAGUCACAGCUGCUGUCGAGGUUGCGCUGAGGGAGGGCGGUUACAGGCAUCUUGAUUGCGCUGCGGCCUACGGGAACGAGACGGAGGUCGGAGAAGGAAUCCGCAGGUCUGGCGUGCCCCGAUCUGAGAUCUUCAUCACUAGUAAACUGUGGUGCACGAAGCACAGCCGGGUUGAAGAGGGACUUGAUGAAACUCUCGCGAAACUUGGUACCGACUAUUUGGAUUUGUAUUUAAUUCACUGGCCGUUCCACUUGAAUCCCAACGGCAACCAUCCUGUCUUCCCUACUCGUCCUGAUGGUACCCGCGAAAUUUUACCAGACUGGCAACUCAAAGAUACUUGGGUUCAAAUGGAGGCUGUGUACAAGAAGGGCAAAGUCAGGGCCAUUGGGAUAUCCAACGUCUCAGAAAAGUGGCUUGAGGAGAAGAUCCUUCCUUAUGCCGAGGUUGUCCCUCAUGUGAAUCAGCUCGAGAUUCACUUGUAUAACCCCCAGCACAAGUUGGUCGAAUAUCUCACUUCCAAGGGCAUUGUAACUCAGGCCUAUUCUCCCAUUGGCUCCACCAACUCCCCUAUUCUGACUGACGAGACAGCUUCCGCCAUUGCCCGAAAGUAUGACCUGCAAAUAACUGACGUGUUGCUCGGAUACUUGAUGGCUAAGAACAUUGUCAUUCUCCCGAAGUCCGUCACGCCCGCACGUAUCAUUAGUAACUACAAGGGUGCGCUAGCUGCUGGGUCGAAAUUGACCAAAGAGGAUAUCGAGCAGCUCGACGGCGUGGCAGCGUCCGGAAAGCAGAAGCGAUUGAUCAUGCCCCCGUGGGGUGUCGAUCUUGGCUUUGACAAUUGGCCAGUAGCGAAGACAAACUAA